GAGCCUGGAGUCUACAAAACUUCGUAUUGGUUGAAAACUCAAUUGACAGUUUGUCCUGAAAAGUCCUGAAACCUAAUUUUUCUUUCUUACGUGGAAACGAGCCUUCUAACGUUUUUUGUGCCAAUUUUUAUUUUAUUUAAAGUAAGUUUUUUGCUGAACCAGACUGUUACUUCGUAUCUUUAAAAACAAAAAAAAGUUAUGCGCUGGUGAAUAGGAGUAUGGCUUAUGGCAUACAAACCUUAAAGCAAAGAGAAAUUAUGCCAAAAAUCAUAGAUGCGACAAAACGAAUCUUUUAAGAACCCAUGCACAGAGAAACUCAAAAAUGACCCCAAAACAAAUCAGUCUAUUUCUUUACACUUUUGAUGACUCAAAGAAGAUGAUUCAAAAGUCAAUAGAAUGAAGGGCAAACAACCUUCAUCUCAGCUUGAUUAUGAGGCAUUGUAAAUUAAAAUCCGGAAAAUAAAAAUGAAAAUCUAGAAUUUGAAAAAAAAAAUUCUUACUCAGGUUUAAAAAUCAAAAUUUCGAAAUGAAUUUAUGAUUUCGAAAAAAAUUAAUACUAAAAAUAGAGUCAAUCACCAUCCAAGGGUUAACGAGAGGGAGGCAGCACGCAAUGCUCCCACCAUCCGAUCUUUUUGCUACCUCGAGCCUCUACGGAGACCCAGCCAGCUAGUCGUUGCCUGGAGACGUUAAGUUGUGGUUCACCGAGAAGACGCGAAACUGUAGUGGGUCGUAAUCGUAUCGUAGCCCACUGAAUUAAUAAUAAUCACCGUGAGAAGGCUCUUUUCCACGAACCAGCAAUCAAAAAUUGCCAGCAGUUUGGGACUCUCCAGCAACAAGAUGUCGAUCGCCACCUACGAAGAAGUACUGGACCUCCCGAAUCAUCCGGAAAAGCUUCUGAUCGAUGUCCGGGGUGUCGAUGAGGUCAAGGAAACCGGAGCAAUCCCCACGAGCAUCAACAUUCCCCUGGAUCAAGUUGAGCGAGCUUUUGCACCGGAAACAACUACCGGAGAGUUCGAGCAACUCUACGGAGUUCCUAAACCGGCGUUCGAUCGCUACAUUAUCAUGUCAUGCCGAACCGGAAGGCGUAGCCAGAUGGCACUAGACACGAUCACGGCUCUUGGUUACACCAAUGCCCGUAACUACAAAGGAUCGUGGACCGAGUGGGCUGCUAAACAGGGAAAGUGAGCUCAACAACGCCGCCGGGAGCAUAAGUUUAAAAGUCGAAAUGAAUUGUUGAAAUAAAAGUUAUCAUAAGUUGAACGUACCCGAGAAUAAUUUGUUUUAUUUAAAUUGGAAUGGUUUUGGUAAAUUUUGAUAAUCGGUGUUAGAAUUACCGAAUUUACCGAAUAAAAUGUUACAGUUACACUAAAAGGAUAU